AUGGAUGAAUUGCCUGUUUUCUACCGGAGCCAGAAAAAUGCGUGGAUCGUCACCGAAAUUUUCGAGGAGUGGUUAUCAUUUUUUCCUCAAGUGAAAGCUUUUCUAGAGUCUGAAAACUUAACUUUGGUAGCAGUUCUAAUCGUUGGCAGAUGUAAAUACCACAAGUACUUGAAAGUUGAUGGCAUAGUCGUCCAAUGUUUGCCACCCCAUGUGACUUCCCUUAUCCAGCCUUGCGAUCAAGGUAUUUUGGAAAUGAUUAAAUUGAAUUACAAAAUAAAUUUGGUGCAUUCGAUACUUGAGUCUCAAACCAAAGGCGUUUCGCUGUUACAAUUUCUAAAGAAUUGCAACGUAAAAGAUUCUGUGUAUUGGGUGGUGCAAGCAUGGAAUCAGGUUAAACCAUAUACAAUCAUCCAGUGCUGGAAAAAAAUGUUGCUAAUUCAAACGCAAGAUGCAACAACCCAAACUAAUGGAGAAUGUUCCUUGGAUCUCUUAUUGUUAGACUCAUCUUCGGGCACUGAAAGUGUUUUAAUCCAAGAGACAAGCGAGAUCGUUGGCAAAUUAGUUGCAGUGAUCCGCAAGGUUGAAGGCUACGAAGCUAUCAGCGAAAAAGCAAUUUCAGAAUGA